AUGUCCCAUAUCAGAAAGUAUUCGGUGGCCGUUGGGCGCGAAAGAGGCUAUCGGAAGACGAAGAAUGUGAAACGUCAAAAACCAUCAGCCUCAAAAGCGCAUGGAGGCAAACAAGCAAAAUUCGCCCGCAGUCUCGUGCGUGAAAUUGUUGGCUUCGCCCCUUACGAGCGUCGUAUUCUCGAGUUGUUGAAGAACGAUCGUGAGAAAAGGGCUCUAAAGUUCACAAAGAGGCGCAUUGGUGGCCACCGCAGAUCCAAGAAGAAGAGGGAAGAACUCAUGGGUGUUGUCAAGAGCAUGCGUCACAAGUAA